AUGGGUGGCAUACCAGGCGGGGAGUUACAUGUAGGAAAGUUUUUUAGAGACAAAGAAUAUUUAAAAAUGGUUGUUGGCUUGUAUGCAAUGAAGAAAGGGUUUGACUACUUCGUUAGGAAGUCCGGUACUACUAUUUGGUACAUUACAUGUAAGGAUACAGAUUGUGGGUGGAGAUUAAGAGCGAAGAAGAACGUAUUUUCUAACAUGUUUAAUGUGACUACAUUUCGAGGAAAAGAUAACUGUCAAGCAUCACCUUUGAUAGUUGCGCAUCUAAUUAAGGAUAAGUUCGCAACUAACGGCUCGGAUCAUUUGGCCUCUAAUAUAAGGAAAGAUAUGCAAAAGGAUUACAUGAUCCAAAUAAGUUAUAAAAAGGCUUGGAGGUGCAGAGAGAAGGCACUACACCUAGUUCGAGGUACACCUGAAGGUUCAUACUCGAAAUUACCUUAUUACAUGCACAUCCUACAGUUGAGAAAUCCAAGUAGCAUCAUGAAUUUUGUGGUAAAGGAUGGUCGCUUUAAGUAUUGUUUCUUCCUUCUGGGUCCUUGUAGGCGUGGGUUUAGGUUUUGCCGACCUGUUGUAUGCGUUGAUGGUUCUUUCUUGAAGACUAGGUAUGGUGGGAAAAUGUUAUGUGCAGUGGCACUAGAUGCAGGCAACCAUAUUUUUCGGAUAGAUUUCGUUGUAGUUGACAGCAAAAACCAUAAUUCUUGGACCUAUUCUACGAGAAAAUUGAAAGAAGCGAUUGCUGAUGUUGAGAAAUUAGCCUUCUUGUCUGAUAGGCAUCAAAACAUUGUUCAUGCUUUGGAGACCGUGUUCCCUGAUGCACACUACGGUGCAUGCUACCACCACAUUAUUAUGAACGUCAACCACAAGUUCAAGACUGAUGUCUUGACAAAUUAUAUUUACACAAGUGCCUACAAGUAUUCAAAAUCAGAGUUUCACAGAGAAUUUGAGAACAUUCGAGCAAUGAAUGUUGCAAUUGCACAAUAUCUUGAGGAAAUUGGAUUUGAUAAAUGGGUUCGGUCGUACUUUCUAGGGGUACAUUACAAUGUAAUGACGAGUACCUGGGCUGAGAGCUUCAACAACACAACUAAGAACGCAAGAGGCUUUUUGAUCACUGCUGUUGUAGCAUUCCCGAGGUCAAAAGUCCAACAGUGA